AACUAAACCCACAAAAAACCUGACGUCAUAUUUUCAUGGAAGUAUUAUCAAAAAUUGACACUGCUCACGUGUUCUUCGUACAAAAUCCGAAGAAUUCCACCUCCGAAUUUUGUCCCAAUCACCAACCGUGUUGGUGCGAAAUCGGCGGAAAAUGUCGAAAAUUACCGCUUGCCACUGAAUCACAACACCCACCGUAAUGAAAUAAAAACCAUCUCUUUGUGGAAAUAUUCGAUUCCUAUCCGAAGAAGGUGGGGCGAGAGUGACAAUGGCGGCAACAAUUUUCUGAAAUUAGAAGGUUUUAUUUAUUAUUUUUAAGGUAAGAGUUGAAAAUGGGGGAGGAGAGAGAAGUGGAGGUGAUACACUUGUGGUCUUCGCCGAGGUCUGUAAGUACAAGCCUCAUGUAUUCAUUUUCUCAGAGAGAUGAUAUGGAAGUGCUCGACGAACCGCUGUAUCCGAACUUUUUGCGUGUGACGGGAGCUGAAAGGCCUUACAAAGAAGAACUCCUGUCGAAAACGGAAUCAGAUGGAAAUAAAGUCGUCCGAGAGAUCAUUUUCGGCCCUGGAAAAAAGAAGUAUAGAUUCUGUAAGCAUAUUGCUAGUCAACGUCUGCCUGGUCUAACAGACGAGUUAAUGAAGAAAGGAAAGCAUUGCAUAUUGAUAAGGAAUCCCCUCGACGUGUUGACAUCCUAUGACAAGGUUGUUCCACCAUCAUUUAUUGAUCUGGGGUAUGCUAGCAUGGUCUCCAUUUACAGCGAGCUGUGUCAAGAAGGAAAACCCCCUCCUGUCAUUGAUUCAGACUUUCUGCGACAAGAUCCCGAGGCUACUUUGCGUGGUCUGUGUGAUGAUCUUGGAAUUCCAUUUCAAGCUGCAAUGCUCAAAUGGGAAGCUGGGCCAAGACCAUUUGACGGCUUGUGGGCACCCUAUUGGUAUAAAAGUACGCACAAAUCGACAGGCUUCGAUCCACCAAGAAAGUACCCUUCACCAUUUCCGUCGUCCUUGUACAACUUGCUGGAGCAAAGCAUACCUUUCUACAACUUGCUUCUUCGCUAUAUCAGACAUAUUACUAAAGUACCCCUCCAUCCAGAUCUCCCAAUUCCCGCCAACGAGAAGUUGCUUGCUUGGGUUGGUGAUCAAAUUUUGCCUCGUGAAAGUGCGAAGGUUUCGGUGUUUGACUCAAUUGUCCAAGGUGGUGAUGGAGUUUGGGAGGGUCUUCGAGUUUAUAGCGGGAAGAUAUUUAAACUGGAGGAGCAUUUAGACAGGUUGUUUGACUCCGCAAAAGCUUUGGCCUUCAGCAAUGUACCACCUCGUGAACAGGUGAAGGAAGCGAUUUUCAAAACACUGAUAAGAAACGGAAUGUUUGAUAACGCACAUAUAAGGCUGACACUGACUCGCGGAAAGAAGGUGACUUCUGGAAUGAGCCCGGCGUUCAACCACUAUGGAUGUACUUUAAUAGUGCUUGCUGAAUGGAAGCCACCGGUAUACGACAAUGCAAGGGGUAUUACUUUGGUGACAGCUAGCACACGCCGUAAUUCACCCAAUAAUUUGGAUUCGAAAAUUCACCACAACAACCUUCUCAACAAUAUUCUUGCCAAGAUAGAAGGGAAUAAUUCACAUGCUGAUGACGCCAUCAUGCUUGACAAAGAUGGCUAUGUAUCGGAAACAAACGCGACAAACAUAUUUUUGGUGAAGAAAGGCCAUUUAGCGACUCCUCAUGGUGUCUAUAGUCUCCCCGGCAUAUCGCGAGAUAUCUAGAAUUGUAUACAUAUUUUGCAGGUCAUGGAUCUUGCUGUGAAGGAAAACUUGGUUUUAGUGGAGCGGCGUAUCAGUAUAUCAGAGUUUCAUACUGCAGAUGAGGUUUUCACUACAGGCACGAUGGGAGAACUGAGUCCGGUCCUUAAAAUCGAUGGGCGGACGGUUGGCGAUGGUAGAGUGGGACCCGUCACUCAAAGAUUGCAAAAUGCUUACACGAAACUGAGUGCGGAAUCAGGUGUGCCUAUACCCACUUAUCAACAUCCCUGAUAACAUUCUCCUGAAAGGACUUGAAGAUGUUCG